AAACAAUCUCACAUUUGAAAUUUCGGAUGUUAUCUGAAGGUCGCAGUUCUGAUAUAAAUGAUACUUUCUCAUACUCAAACGACCCAUCAAACACGAGUGAAUAUAAUCCAGAAGCCGAUAACAGUAGCAGAAAUAAAGAUUUGCACAAUAAUGAAACACAAAUUAGCAGUGAAUCUAAUGGACGUCUUGAUUCAAUGUAUUUACAUUCCAAACAAUAUAUGACAGGAAUAUGUGAUUAUUCCCAUGAACUAAUUGAUCUUGAUAAGAUAAAGCAUGAAAAGCUCUUUUCUGACACUAAGCUUAGUGAUAUAAAUACAAUCUAUGAUGAUGCCGCAUCAAAACUUAAAGAAAAUUUGACUGUUCAUUAUCAAUCAGUUCAGGAAGAAAUCAUGUCAUCUGUUAAAAGUCUUUUUUCAGUUGAACUAAAACGUAUAAAAAAUGAUAUGAUUAAGCUUCAUGAACAAGUGAUCAGUUUAAGAGAUCUUGCACGUAAUCAUGAAGGUACAAUAGCGCGUAAAGAACAGAUUAUUUGUGAUUUAACGGAUAAUAUUAAUAAGUUAAAAACUCAAAUGGAAAUAAAUUUGAAAAAGGAAAAUGCCAAAAGAAAGUCAUUUUGUGUCAAACUUGCUGAUCGUUAUUAUAAACAAAAUAUUUUAAAACAAGCAAUUAUUGGAUGGAAACAAUUCACGGAAUACACUUGGAAACAAAGAAAUUUUCGACGACUUACUUUGGAAGCUCAGUCUGAAUGUAUCAAAAUUAAACAAGAAUUAAAUCAAAAAAUUCUUCAACUGGAGGCCGAGUUAAAAGUUAGUCAAAGUGAAUUAGAAUCAAUGAAAGCCAAACAAGCCGGUGAACAAGCUGCACUGAAAACAGCAUUAAUGCGUGGUGUCUGUGCAUUAAAUAUGGAAACAAUGGCUGUAUUCAAUGAAACUCUGCCAAAUUUGAAUAAAGAAUUUAUAAAUAAAAAGUUGACUGUUGAUUCGCAAAUUUUAAACAAAAAUUAUCGUACAGAUGAUCAUUUGGAAUUGGCUCAGUUGACAUCGAAGAAAUUAAACGGUUGUCAUUUAGAUAAAACGAUUCACAAUCAAUCAGAUGAGAUGAUUUUCAACAUACAAGCUGAUCAUAUUAUGCAAGCCACUCAUCAAAGUAACACUGAGUUCUCUAAUCAGAACAGACAGAAUUCUAUGGAGGCAUGGCCAAGAGAUACAAUUCGUAAUGUUGAACCAUCUUAUAGUAAUGUGGUAAGAAAAGGCAACUGUGCAAAACCACUUAGUCAUUCCACGGAAAUUUGCGAACGUUGGUUAGGUCAUAGUGAUUACAGUGAGAACGAUCCAUUGAAUUUAUCUGGCUUACCGACAUAUAAGACUCAUGAUCGUCAUUUACAUACAAUUCAAAGUUUAUCAUACCAGGUUGAUGAGAAAAUAUCUAAUUCAGAUCCAAGUGAAUUAGAACAUGACAAUCAGAUGGAUAACAAAUGGUUACCAAACAAAGAUUUAGCUCCGAACACAAAUUACGACACAUCUUUUCGAAUCAAUAUAAACUCUACGAAUUCUAAACAUGAAAAACCCGGCCGCAACUUGUAUGAUGGAAAAACUCAUACGACAGUUGAAAAUGCUAAAAAGAUGUUAAGUUCACGAAAUUCAUCAAAUCGUUUUUAUUCUACGGUGAAACAAAAUAAAUUAUCAUCAUAUCCAAGACCUCAAACUGUACAGCAUGGAAUACCUACUGGGAGCUAUCCAAAUGGUUCUACAGCUAUGGUUAAUAUCUUAGUUCACCGACAUCAAACCGGUAAUCAGAUAAAUUCAACAGAAAAUGUAAAUACUCAUAAGCAUACAACUAAUUCGACAGGAGUACACUAUUCACAUUGUCAACAUAAUCUUUCCUCAACACCACGUUUAUAUUCUGAUUCAUAUUCUCAUAGACAUGUUUAAAUGAAUUGAAAUGUAACAUUUUUACUUCUUAUUUAUAUAAUUGAUGAAGGUAUAGUUAACUAAUAUAUGAAUGUAUUCCAUUAUCAUAUUUUCAUACGUUGCUAGAAUGAUCUAUAAAUAAACCUUAUUUAAACGUUGUAGUUAUUAUUAUGUAAGUUCACUUAUUUCUUUGAAAUAUACACAUUUUUUUGUAGUA